UUAAUGUGUUUAAAAUACAACACACUACACUGCACACACCCAUAUGCUGCUUCUUUCUUUCAUCAAAAGCAAAUUACCUGUGAACAGAAAUCCGACACAGCAAGUUGUGCAUCCAGCCCUAGCUGGCUAGCUCGCUCGCUCCUCCCAGUACAAUCAGUAUGCAUUCUUCUCUCUUGAGUUCCAGCAUCUCAACGAACCACGGAACAAUAUUGACCACCACCGAGCUGAAUGGAACAACAACAGUGGAGCCCGGAGCCUUAACGCAGCUGAUUAGCGCUACCGGCGAUCCCAAGGAGAGAAUCAAGAAGCUUUUCCAAAAACUCGAGCUGUCAGCCUCCCCAUACGACACCGCAUGGGUGGCCAUGGUUCCAUCUCCCGCGGCAGCGGCUUCUAGCGCUCCAAGCUUCCCGGGCUGCCUUAGUUGGAUACUAAAGAAUCAGCACAGUGAUGGUUCCUGGAGUUUGCAGCCUGUUCACACCAGAGACCCGACGCUAAUGAAAGACGCACUCUCCUCCACUUUGGCCUGCAUUCUCGCGCUCAAGCGCUGGGGCAUUGGCCUGGUGACGACCACAUUCACAACGGUAUAA